AUGACCGUCACUUCGGCAGUGGAAGAUCCCCUAGCUAUUUUUCCCCCGGAGAUUGUCCUGCGUAUCCUGGACUUCACCCCGGUUUCCACCCUCGCGUCCCUCACUGCGACUUCCACCGCCUGGCACGAGUUUAUCGACGUCACCCAUCGAGAAGCGAUCUACAGCUCCGAUUCCAAGACUUCCCACCCACCCGGCACCACCCGUGAUCUCUCGUUCUUGUCAAGCGCUGGUAGCUUUUCCAAAUCAUUCGAGGGCACCACGUCAUGGAAGGACUUAUGCAAACGCCAGAAAAUACUUGCCCGCAACUGGGCUGAUUCCUGUCCAAUCACCCAGGAGACGGUACUCCAGGUCGGCAAUGACCCAGUCUGGCGGUUCCGUCCUGAUUUCAAGCGUCGUUUCUUUGUUUCGACGUCUCAUAGUGGCGGGUUGAACGUUACAGAUAUGGACAGCGGCUGCAUCCUAUGGCGCCUGCCUUCGACACUGGAUCGGGGUGGGAAUGCAGUCCGUCCAUAUGCGCACCUCGAGUACCAGGAUGGGAUGGCUGUUUUUGAUCGGGAAGGUGAUGCUGUGGAGGUUUGGCAGGCCGACGUAGAUGAUGCACCGCGUGGGGAGUUCCGGCGCAUCGCGGUGUUGAAUCAUGAAUGCCAAACUAGAGGCUUCCAAUUAUCAUAUGAUACGCUGUGUGUGGUAUCGAAUGAAGGACAAGGUUUUGUGUAUGAUAUGAAACAGCGGCCUCCACAUUUGGUGACACACUUGAAGAUCGAACCUAACGCUGUCGGCCACUUGGAUCAAAACAAGGAUGUGGUCAUAUACUCUGUAGGCGCCCGAGGCUACCAUAUCUAUGACAAGGCAUCUGGUAACUAUUUGGGUGCCUUGCAUCCAUCGUGCACUACAAACAAAUAUCAUAUCCGCCCUCCCCCUUCCAGUUCCCGUUCUGCAAGUGCGGCGCUGGCUGGGGCCCGGCACGGUCCAAACCACCGUGCCUUGCCUUCGGGGCCACCUCGCAAAGAUUGUCUGACUCCGCUUAAAAUCCUCACAGGCCCACUCUCCCCACCACCUAGUGAUCCAGAGCAUGUCUGGCAUGGGGAAGAUGAAUGGGGAGCGGGCAUGUUGGACGGCGAUCUCUUUGUCGGCUUUUCUCGUGCUGGUCGAGUCUUUAUCUGCUCCGACUGGCGCAAGGCCAUUCAAGAUGAAAAUGGGUUUACAGCCAACACCUCAAUCAUUGAAUGCGAGACUGACGGCUCCAGCUUUGACUUGGGUGGCUGGUUAUCGGUGCGCAAUCACCGCGUGAUGUUCGAAAUCCAAGACCGUGUCUACGUUGUCGCCCUUGACGAUCGUAACAAGAUUCCCACGGGCGAUCCUCCCUGUCGAGCUUCGUACGCGCUACUCACUAGCUCCGCGCCACAGCUUGCGGUGCCUGUCAGUUUUAUGACACUAUGCGACGAUGCUAUCAUGACUACUUUCACGACUCUCGGCUGGCGACAAACACUCUCUAACAUCCCCGGCGAUGUCUCCCGGCAACAACAUGAAAGUCCUGCCCGGAUCUUCCCGACCAAAGCCGUCCGAAUCAUCAGCUUGAGCCCCCACCUGGCCAGUAAUCCAGCCUCCCCAUCCAGCUCCACCCCCGAACAGUCCACAGAGGGAGACGAUGAACCGCACCCUCAUCCUGAUGACCUUUGGCGCUCGCAAGCUGGUUUGUUGGAAUUAAUCAACAUGCUUCAAGAUGAGUUCGACGAAGAUGAUGAUCCACCUGACAUGUUUUCGGUCGAGGGUAACCAUCCUAUUGAUGCGGAAUGGGAAGAUAUCGAUGAUCAAGAUGAGGGUGGCCCGGAUGAUCCUGGGGGUGCGCAUGAGGCUUGA